AGCACAACAGGAAAAAUUAAACAGGAGAAAACGGAGGAAACUUCUCAGCGGCGGAAAGCACCGAUUUGGGUCCGUCCACGUUUCUUUUUUAUUACUGACUUGGAGCAAAUAUAAUUUUGAGGUGUUUUUAUUUAAUCUACGGUGCCUUUUCAUACAAACUUUUUCACGAUUUAAAACGAAGUGCAUGGUAACCUUUUUUUAAUUCCUCGACUGUUUACAUGAUGAUACAUUACCCGGACUGAAUUCCAGCGUUUCUCGCCUUUAUUAGAAGCUGUUAGGUAGUUUUACUGAACUAACUCGUCCUUGAUAAGACCUUUGAGAGCGCAAGAAAUCCGCUCGUCAUGUCGAUGGAUUAUAUAAGCCCACUACUGAAGAACAAGAGAGGCCGAGAGGGAGAUGAAGAAGAAGAGUGGGACUUCCAGGCGAAAAGAGUGUGCAAUGGACUGGAAAGCUGUGUCCAGGUUGAAUAUGGCACCUUGACCGAGAGCCCAAUGGACACCUGGGAGACCCAGCAGGUCAACCCUCUGAAGGACACAAUCAACAACCACCACGUGUCCACUAAGGUUCUGGCAACUCAGAAUGGCGGUGCUCAACAGUGUUGCCCCAGAUGCAUGGCAGGAGAACCGGGCCAUAUAAAUCAUAUCAUGCAGAGGUAUUGAUCACAAGGUCAGGCGGGUCCUGCAGAGGAUGAAUAAGGAAGGAGACUGAAGGGAACAGGCCAGUGAGAGGAGGAGUAGCCUGCACUUUGUCCAGCGCUUAUCACAGCACACGUUGUGCCUUGUUUAUCCUUGUUUAUUGCUCAGAAGUACUGUAUUACGGUAAUGUCACCUGUAGCUUAUAUUAGCACCCGAUUGACUGCACAGUUAAUGGAAGGGCUGACCACAGGACAUUAGUACUAAUUUCAUAUUCUAACAUUCAAUAUGAAUGGUAAUUUGGAUACUACUACAGUGUAGUUUGAGGGAAAUGCCACCAGUAUGAUUUAUGAAAAGCCAUAUACUACUGCUUGGCCUAAGGGACUUAUUCCUUUUUUAUUUAGUACAGAUUAAAUGCAAUUGUGUGUUUGAGAGGUUUACCAUGCCUUUACAAAACACAAUGAUCCUUUUGUAGGUGAUUUUGUAGAUUCCUGUACCUUUUUCGAGUAUGAUUUCUUUUGUUUUUUUCACAGAUUUAUUUGGUCUAUUGUUGAUUUAUCAAAUUGUUUUUUCACAUUAUUGUUAUUAAAGUAAAUGACAAAUUGUUGUUAUGGACCUGUAAUGUACAAAUAUUUUCAGUUCAAACCAAGAAUGUAAAACCCUCUUUCAGCUUUUUAUAUCUUUUAUCAACAGACUCCGUAAGAAGAUAUUGUAGAUUUAUCUUCUUUCAUAUUCUUUUCUUUCCCUUUUAAGUUCUGCCAUGUGAAGUGUUCCUUGUGAGAAGGAAGGGGUGGGUCAGUAGCCUCUUGUUGUAAUGACCUCAUCUUUUAACCGGAUACAAUUAUGUAACAUUUUACAUAAAGUCUAAUUUGAGUAA